AAUAAUCAAAAUACGGAGGCUCUUAUUGGAGUCAUGUAUUUUGAUUUGCGCAAUUCAUUUUAUUAAAUUGAAAAAAAUAUUGUUGUGGUUCUGCACCCUCUUGAUUGAAUGCACAUGUUGUUGGUUGAAGUCGCUUUGGAUAAAAAAAGCGACUUGAAUGUAAUAAUCUCUCACAGACUUUAAAUUAUUUACGUUUUCAGUAUAUUUAACUUUAUUAAAAUAUACACAUAUUUGUGUCUUCAGUGCUUAAACCAAACAUAAUAUCAUCAGAUCUUUAUGGAAAUAAACUUUAUGAUCAUUAUGUCAGUAGUAAUAUUAAGUGCAAGGCAUCCAUCAGGCUGCAGUCCAUCUGGCCACCACCAGGUAUCGUUAAAGUUAAUUUAUUCUCCUCUAACCCAUUAACGCGAGAAGCACUAGGACCCAGCAGGAUCCUCUCAUGCUGCCUUCCCGUUCGUCUCAGAAAUGUCAGAAUCAAAUAUCAUCCUGUGUUUUACAGCAUACCGUUUCAUUUGUAGCUCAGUUUAAUAGAAAUACUACUUCUUAGAAAACACAAACAUCAUCAUGAGAUUAUAAUAUUUGGUCAUAUUUAUUCCAUCAUUGUGAUUCAAGCUUUUUAUGCUGAGUAUAAUUAUCAAUCAACUAUUAAAUUAGCUUCACAUUCCCUGUCUGAGAGUAAGAAAACCUCGACAGCCCCUGAACGCACCACAAGCAGCGUGGUGCCGCCCUGCUCAUUUUCCGGCAGCUACGACUAUCCACUGGCUCAUUCUGACGGGACUGUUUUCUGUUAUUUUCUAUUUUCAAAGCUUCACUACGAUUCAUGCAUUCAUUAGUUAUAUAUUAUUUAAAAUCACAAAGCAGUUUUCCGGAAAGGGAAGAAACAAGAUUAUUUGGGAUUUUACAAAUUCCGUUUUUGUUAUUAUUAUUGUCAUUAUUUAAUAGUAGUAACAGUAUUAGUAGUAGUAUUUCUUACUGAUAUUCUUUCUGAUUUUUUCAUACGUUUAAUUAAGUCCUUAAAGUCUUAAAGAGGAGGAUUCUUUCAUCAUCUGAAUAUUUGACCAGAUUGGGUGUUGUUCGAGUGGCAGGCCGUGUGGGUUCGGUCCUGAUGGCGGCUAACCGGGUGGGACGGCGGAUGAAUAAGUCUUGUAGUAAUCAGUCCCCCAGCCGGGCCAGUGCUGAUCGUGAUGCGGCUCAGAACCUUCAGCGCCGGCAUAUCCGGGUUACUGUGAAGUACAACCGGAAGGAGCUGCAGAGGAGGAUGGAGGUGGAGAAGUGGAUCGACUGUGAACUGGAGAAGCUUUACAAGGGAAGGGAGGAGGACAUGCCAGCGGAGGUGAACAUUGAUGAACUUCUGGAUUUACGGACGGAUGAGGAGAGGACUGAGAGACUGCAGGACAUCUUUCACUCCUGUAACAAGGAAUCAAAGGUCUUUGUCUGUGAACUUCUAUUUAAGCUUCAUGGUUUACAGAAACACGAGGAUCUGCACAACAACGGUAUCGACCUCCCUCAGCUUCACAUCUACCCCACCCGCCCCGGGUCAGCUGACAGGGAGGUGCUGCACUGAUGGACCAAGUGAACCAAUCAGUUCCCGACCAUCGAAACCGCCACACCAGCUAUACCCUGCACACUAACACCUCCGACAACCUGAAGACUCCCUCCAACUCUAUUGUCCACUGUUUCUACGCCAUCCGUGUCCCCCGAACCCCUGAACUUUGUGUUCACAUCUGAUCACUGUGUAAAGACUCAAUUCAACUCA